AUGUGUACCAGUGGUGUUCCAGCCAGCUCCAGCCAUGGGGUCAGCCAGUCGGGCUCCUCGUAUGCCCUGUGUGCCCUGGGGGUGGGGCUCAUAGCCCUGGGCAUCGUCAUGAUCGUGUGGACAAUGGUUCCCGGGGAUGCUACCCAGACAACCAAGACUUCAGGCAACUCCAGUAUAACGGUGCCAGCAGACCAUGGUGAGGAUGGGGAUGGUAAGGAGGGCAAGGAAGCAGCGAAGACCUUAUCAAUAGCCUAUGUGCUGGUGGGGGCGGGGCUGGCCAUGCUGCUGCUGUCUAUCUGGCUGGGGGUGAGGAACAAGCGGAGGAAGCGCCAGAGAAGACAGGAGACACGGGCCGUAGGCGUCCCCUUCGUGGACCAUGUGGCUGGGGAGGCAGGAGAGAAGUGAGUGCUUCAAUCGAUUUAGAUAAUCACAGUCUAACAGUGACAUAUCUUUUUUUUAAUCAUCCAAGAAGGGGUUCAGAGGCUUUGUUUUCACUAUAAACCCAUAUAUGACUUAGAGUGAGCUCCAAAAGUAUUGGGACAGUAGUAAAAAGUUAAGUAUUUGGUCUCAUAUUUCAUAGCACGCAAUGACUACAUCAAGCUUGUGGCUACAAACUUGUUGGAUGCAUUUGCUUAUUGUUUUGGUUGUGUUUGAGAUUAUUUUGUGCCCAAUAGAAAUGAAUGGUAAAUAAUGUAUUGUAUAAUUUUGGAGUCACUUUUAUUGUAAAUAAGAAUAUAAUGUGUUUCUAAACACUUCCAACUCUAUGAAAUCAUUGUGUGCUAGGAAUAUGGGACCAAAUACUAAACUUUAGACUACUUUAAUACACAUGGGUGGGUCUCUGUACAAAAAGUGCUGUAAUAUCUAAACGGUUCAUCCAAUCUGGAUGAAAAUACCCUCAAAUUAAAGCUGGCAGUCUGCACUUUAACCUCAGUCAUUGUAUCAUUUCAAAUCCAAAGUGCUGGAGUACAGAGCCAAACCAACAGAAAUUCACUGUCCCAAUACUUUUGGAGCUCACUGUAGUUCCCAGGAUGAUGCCUGGAAAUGAAUAUGUUCCUGAUAAGGUUCCUGUAUUGUCCCUUUAUUGACACAGUUCUGUUAAAGCACCAGUUAUCUCUCCCAAUCCAAGCUAGUUAAAGGAGCUACAUGCAACAUUUCCACCUGCAAAACUAGCACCGAUGUCAUUACAUACCAGUAGUAAUUAAGGAAUACAAAUCCAUGAGAGAAGAAAAAAAACAUUGAACUCUGAGACGCUGCAAAGCUUUUUACCACGACGGGAGUUUGACUAGUUGUUGUGUGUUCAACUUCCUGCAUUACAAUUGGCUCUCAUUCGCGAGGUUAAUAACAAUAGCAAAAACAUAGCAAUACAAAACUUCUUAUUGUCUGGAUGUUUUGGGGAUUAUGAUCAGGUAAGAAUCAGUACUUAGCCAUUUUAGGCGUUUCUAGUAUCCUUUAAAAAAACAUGAAGAAAUGUAAAUUAUGGCUAAAAUGUGACAUGUUGCUUAUAUAAAACCGCUGUCCCUGUACACUGUUUUGCAGUUUAGAGGAGCCAGCCCCAGUCUACAACGUGCCCAGCUAUGAGGAGGCGGUCACCAGUGGUCAGUACCCCAUCCGCCAGAGCAACUUACGCCAGAGCACCUUCCAGCUGCCUUCCUACGAGGACCUCAUCAGUGCUGUGGAAAACGAGGGGGAGGGACCAAGUUCUGCCCCAGUUAGGGAGGCUCAUCCUAGCAGUCCCACUCCUGAGCCCCAGCCUGCCGCUGCAGCCAACCCCCCCACCCACAACAGCAGCCGGGCCAGCCGGAUACUACGGCCCCGCAGGGUACGCAGAAUCAAGUCUGAGAAACUCCAUCUGAAGGACUUCCGUUUUAACAUUCGCAACCCUACUGAUGCGAAGGUGACCAUUGAACCCAUCACUCCGCCGCCACAGUAUGACGACAAGAUGCCUGAGUUCUGA